GUGUAAAUACGAAACACGAAGUAUUAAAAACAACGAGUAUUUCGAAUUUUUUUCUUUCUUUUUUUCAACUCCCUUCGCAUUUACAUUUAUUCCAUACAUUUAUUUUAUUUUUUUACAAAAUGCCUCCCAAGCGCAAACCAGCCGUUGAUGACAUAUCAGAAUCCACAUCGUCUUCCCUAUCGGAAGAAAGCGACACAACCGACAACGAAACGCACACGACCAGAACGCCCCGCUCACGGCAAGUAAGCAGCCACAGCCAAGCAGCAGCUGCGCUCUACGCGUUUGAGCGCACAAACCGAUCAGUCUCCAGGGCCAGACCUCGCGCCCGGCUUACUCGUGGACUCCGGCGUGGCGCACAGGUAGCUAGCUCGCCCACACCGCGUGGGAGGCCCUCAACACGCGGAAGCACGCGUGGGAGGCGUCGCGAAAUAAACUCGCCCCCGAGUGAUGAGGAGCCGGUUGUUAAGGGCAAGCCUGGCAGACCAGGCAGACCAGGCAGACCGCGUACAUCUGGGAGAACUGGAAGGCCGGGAAGGUCAAGAAAUGGUGCGAGCGAAAUGGCAUCGUCAGGCGAGGAUGAGGAUGACGACGACGACGACGACAAUGAUGAGGAAGACGAUAAUGAGAAGAGUGUUGGAACUCGCGGCAAGGAAGGUGGCGACAGUGGUAGCGAAAACGUGUCCGAGAGCGACGACGAAAACGACAACGACAACAAUGAAGAUGACGAUGACCAAAAGGACAGUGCGAAUGGGAAUGUUGACGAGACUGACGCUGAGCAGAAACCCAUCCCACAGCCUGAGAAGCUGAGCGACACCGAAAGCACCGAGAUGGCCAACACUAAGAGUGACGGCGAUGACAGGGACGACGACAACGACAGGGAUGAGGACGAGGAGGAAAGCGAUGUUAGCAAUGAUGAUGAAGACAAUGAUGUUGAAAAGGUCAGCACUGGCAAGGCUGGCGCAACAACGUCAAAGGAAAAUCGAAACACAGCCGCGUCCACCCCGGCAAAAAGAGGGCGCGGCGGCAGAGGCGCAGCCGCCGAAGACAGCGGGAGCGACAAUGAUGAUGAAAACAUGGACGAUGACGGCAUGAGCAUCGACGACUCCGAGAAAUCUGGCUUCAGCGACUUUGGCGGCGAAUUGGGUACUGCUACCAUGGUAAACCUCACUCGCCGACAAAGGGCCAAGCUGACCCACGGCUGUGAUGCGGAGCUCAUUGAGCUGCCUUUGGAGGCCAAGCGGAGCAAGUUUUCUCAUGCGCGGCGUCGCAAGUUCCAGAGCCUGCAGCGCGCCGAGCAACUGAAGAUCGAUACUAUCAACCGGCUGCUGAACAAGCAGACGUCCAAGGGUCGGAACAAGGUUGCCGAUGAUUCGCAAACCAGAUCGGCCAACGGAGAUAUCAGCAAGGUUGCUCCCGGCACCGUGCGGUAUGUACAGCGCUGCCAGCAGAACCGCGCUUUUAAUGACACCCGGCAGUCAGAUCCCAGUGCUGCCGGUGAUUCUGGUGCCGCUAGUGAUUCCGGUACCCCUGUCCAUAUAGAAUGCGCGCUGUAUCUGUCAAGAGACACAGAUAUUCGCUACCCACAGCCACCGGCAAUAUGUUCUGUCGCCAGCUGUCAGCAGCAGAAGAAGUACAGUGUCGCGACACUCGCCGCAUGCUCCCUCGAGCACUGGCGUGUACUGAGCGCGAACAAGACUGACGAAUGAAGCUGACUGGCAAGACAAAAAUUCACAAACGCAGCUUCCCCCCCCCCCCCAUUAUCUUCACCA